AUGACUAUCUCACCUCCUCCUCCUCCUACUAAUUUUGAUCCCCUCAAUCUCGGCCCCGAAUCCCUCGCCCCACCCAAACCCGCCUCCGAAUCCCAACCCGACCCGACCCUCACACUACCCGCAUCCCCAGCCCUAAACCCGACCCUCCUCCACCUCGCCUUCAGCCACGACCACACCUGCUUCUCCGUCGCCACCACCUCCGGCUUCCGCGGCUACUCCUGCGACCCCUUCCGCCGCUGCGACUGCGACCCCUCCGGCCCGCGCGGCGGCGUCCGAUUCGUCCAGAUGCUCUUCCACUGCCACUACUUCGCCGUCCUCGGCGGCGGACCCGACCCGUUCUGCCCUAGCAACAAGCUCAUGAUCUGGAACGACCGCCAGGCCCGCUGCGUCGGCGAGAUAACUUUCCGGUCUGAUGUCAAAUCCAUCAGGCUCCGCCAGGGCCGGAUGGUCGUCAUUCUCCUCAACAAGAUCAUCGUCUACAAUUUCGCCGAUUUGCAGCCGUUGGAUACGAUGAUGACGUUGGACAACCCUAAGGGACUGUGUGAGGUGUCGCAGAAGUCCGGUCCGGCGGUGCUGGCGUGUCCGGGGCUCCACCAGGGGCAAAUUCGGGUCCAUAAUUACAGGUCGAACCGGACCAAGUUUAUAACGGCGCAUAGCUCCAGUCUGGCGUGCUUUGCUCUCACACUGGAUGGUCAGUUUCUAGCUACGGCGAGCUGUAAAGGGACUCUGAUUAGAGUUUUUAACACUUUGGAUGGUACAUUGCUCCAAGAGGUGAGGAGAGGAGCAGAAAAGGCAGAGAUUUACAGUCUUGCCUUCUCUUCCAAUGCCCAAUGGCUAGCUGCCUCGAGCGACAAGGGUACCGUCCAUGUUUUCUGUGUAAAGGUUGACGCAGGAUCUUUGGGAAGUGAUGGAUCACACAGCACAUCAGAGAUCAGUCGUUCUAAUACAUCAGCAAUUUCAUCUCUCUCCUACUUCAAAGCUGUCCUUCCAAGAUAUUUCAGCUCAGAAUGGUCAGUGGCCAGAUUUCGGUUGCAGGAAGGUGUAAAGUACAUUGUUGCCUUUGGCCACCAGAAGAACACUGUUAUCAUUGUUGGCAUGGAUGGGAGCUUCUAUCGAUGUCAAUUUGACCCUGAAAAUGGAGGAGAAAUGACUCAGCUUGAGUAUUCCAACUUCCUGAAAUCGGAAUAGAAUUUCCGAGUUUUGGUAUAUGCAUAAUGUUAUUGGUGAGAAUCCCUGGUUCUGUGAUAGAAGGAUAGAAGGGAGAAGAAAAACAUGUGGAGCGCAAAAUGUGGCCGCACUAUAACCUAGCCUGACAGGAGAACCACAUCCCUUAGGGACUACAUUAUUAACAUAGCAGCUUAGACUCGAGUAACCAACCAGUUUAGAGGAUUAUCAUACUUAGUUGAUCAAACAUUAACUUACUGCAGUAGAAGUUACAAAAUGCACCAUCAAGUUAUGGUUUUCUCCUAUAUGUUAUGCUUUCUUACCUCCUUUCCUUUAUAUUCUGUUGGUGAAAAACUGUAAAUAUCAGUGUAAAAUAUGCAGUUCUCAGCCUGUACUGUACAUGCAUGAAUAUACAGUUCUCGGGCACUACUGGCGUAAGUUACAAUGUCUAGAUUAAUACUAGGAAUCAGAGUGUGAGAAGGGUGAAUGAAGACUCUUCUCUUACAUUUA